AACAAACAGUACACGAGCUCCAGCUAGCUGUGGUUUCGGAUCUGGAUUAAUUUCGGGGAAAUAAUCAUAUUUUUCGGGUCCAGAUGGAGAUAUUUGGAAGCACGUUCGAUGACUCGAUGUUUGCGGAGGCGCGAGACCGAGUGUCCGUGGCACUGUCGCAUUAUAACGCCAAACUGUGUGAACCAGAGUGGUUUUGUGAGAGUUCAGCUCUUGACACAGAUGAUCCUUUGGAGAAGCAGAAAGUCUACAAGUUUCGAGGUGACUUGGCUGUGAGACAGGGGAACCAUCAGAAAGCCUUGGAUGCAUACAGCAGCUGCCUGGAGUGGAUCGCUGACAACAACCUGACCAUCAGAAGAGAUGUACUGGAGGGAAUGGCCCGAUGCUGCACCAAACUGGGACAGAGAGACAGGGCACUUGAACUUGCCCACUUACUGGGCAAAGAAGCUUCUAACACCUGUCAUCUGACCUGCCUCCUGCUGCUCAAGGUCAGCAUCUACCAGCAUUUUGGAGACAUGGGAUCAAAGAUGUCGUGUCUGCAGCAGCUGUGUAGCCUCCUGCCCUUCAACCCCUGGCACUGGUACAGCCUGGGACAGACGUGUGUGCAGCUGCUGAAGAGCAACAGAACUACGGGACCGUGUUCCCCGCAGAGGUGUGAAUCAGCAGAAGAGCAGAAUGAUGGAGACACGGAAGAACAACAGGAGGAGGAGGCCACCGACCUGGAUGAGGACAGAGUCUGGCUAAAAGCGUGCACCUGUUUCAUCAGGACAAGACUCCUGUUGAGAAUCCUCCGCCAGCAGCAGUCCUCCUUUGUGUUGCAGCGCACUGAAAGCGCCCUGCAGACAACAGAUGAGCUGUUGCAAAGGCUGAAUCCCAAAGAAACAACCCUGCAGGCUCUCGCUGAGGUGAUGUCAGAGGACCUGAUCCCAGAGAAGAUGAGGGAGGACUACCAAGACGGAGAGAGUCUGGCUAGUGUGUGUGUGCAGAGCUUCAGGGAGCGCUGGUGGAACAAGAUCUUACUGACUGGGGUGCUGGAGACUGAUGGCCGUCAACAUCUGACGCAGACGGACACAAAAUCCUGAUGCUCCAGUGAUGCCUGUUUAAAGCAAAGAAGGGACUGAAGAACAUACUAAGGUUUCUGUCACUGUAUAGAUCCAUCAAAUAGCAACUGAAACAGACUGAGAGAACUGAAAGCCAGAUCCAACUCCUAAAAGUUGGCCAUUAUUGAUAAUAUUACAAAUCCCCAUACAUGUAGAAAUACACAAUACAGGUCAAAGGCUAAAUCUGAAUUCUGACAAUAUCAAAAAUACCAAAAAGCACAAC